AUGGCUGUGGAUUCUGAUGACCGGACUGGUGAUCACGAAGCGCAUCCUUUAUUGUCGGAAAUUCCUGUCAACGUGCCGAUAGGGAACGGAGCAAAGAAGCUGUUGGUUCUCACCGUGUGUUCAUUGAUUUGCCUCGCCGCAGAUUUUGGAAUGUACCUCUCUUUAGCCCCUCAGACCGCGAUAUUUGAACAGAUUAUCUGCCGAAACUAUUCGGAAUUCCAGGGUGUGGGCAACAAUGUGACCCGGGGGGAGGACCCGUGGGAAUUGGCCUUGAUUCUUGGCUAUAAGAGUGGUUUCGAGGUUCUACCCACUAUAUUCCUUUCCCUGGGUUAUGGUUUCUUAUCUGACCACUGGGGGCGGAAGCCGGUGCUAUAUCUUGCCGCGCUGGGAAUUACUUUGAGCGAGCUCUGGACUCGAAUUGUCUGCGCUUGGCCAGGUAUCUUUCCCCUUCGCUCCGUCUGGCUGUCAUCAGUAUGGCUCCUGAUAGGUGGUGGUGAUCAAACCAUGUCUUUUGUCGCAAUUAAUAUGGUUGCCGAUGUUGUCUCUGAAGAAGAAAGAUCAAACGCUCUCUUUCGUCUCUCGUCGUUUGUAGUUCUCUCCGAGGUUCUGGCGGGCCCGGCAAGUGCAUACCUGAUGAGAAUUGAUCUUUGGACCCCCUAUAUUCUGGGCUUUGCCAUUGCCACUGCUGGGCUUACGCUUAUAGUCUUUCUUCCCGAAACGCUCGAAGAUGCCAAAGCAAAAAGAGUCAUUCAAGGAACAGCGAGUGGAAUCUCAGCUGAAUUUACUCUACAGCCAGGCAAGCAAUUCACUGUCCAAGCACUCCGUCAUGGAGUUCACGAGUUCAAAGAGUCUAUCCAUUUCAUGUGGACUGAUAGUAAUAUCUCAUGGAUUAUUGCUGUCGGCUUUGUCUCCAUGAUGAGCCGCGAAAGCACCAAUAUCCUUCUACAAUACACCUCCAAGAAAUUCAACUGGAGUAUUGCCCAAGCGGGUCUUCUCAUUUCAAUCCGUGGUAUGGUUGGCAUCUUCUGCUUCUCAAUUUUGAUGCCCGGAGUCACCUUCCUGGCCGUCCGGUACUUUGAUCUGCAUGGAAAGUUCAGAGAUUACCGACUGAGCCAGCUGAUGGGCCUUUUUGGGGUCAUCGGUUUCACUGUAGUAGGGUUCGCCCCGACUGCCGGUAUCUUGAUCACCGGUUUAGUGAUUGUUUCGUCGAGUGCAGCUUUCAUGGUCACCACACGCAGUUUAGCAACAUCAUUAGUCCUACCAGACCACGUUGGAACUUUGUAUUCAGCACUCGCAAUCUCCCAGUCGAUCGGAACGUUUGUCGCAGGCCCGCUGUUCGCCUACCUUUUCCGAUUGGGGAUGCACCUCGGCAGUGCGUGGAUGGGUCUCCCAUUCCUGCAAGCCGCUGUGUGUUUUGGAUUUGCCACCGCAGCGCUUUGGCGGAUUCGAUUGAAUCGAUCCCUGCAAAGUGACGAGGAGGGUGGGGCGGAAGAAUCAUUGGUUUCAUGA